AUGAAUGACCAAGUUCAUAUUUUAGCUUCUGAACUUAAUGAAACAGAAGGUAUCCCAGAACGGUAUGUGGAAAUCAUCAAGAAACAUUUCAACAUCAUCUACUUUGAAGAAUUCCUGAAAAAGAAAGAGGAGCUUGCUAAUAUAAUCCAGGUUAUUUUUGAAUGGGGAAAUUCUCCCACAAUAGAUGAAAAUCUUCUAAGAUCUCUAUCUCAGUUGAAGGUCAUUGUAAACUAUGGAUUUGGUGUGGACCAUCUCAAUCUACCGUUGAUCUACAGUUUUGUGGUGAAGGUGGCCAACACUCCUCAUGCGGUGGACAAUGCUACAGCUGAAAUGGGCAUGGCUUAUUUGACAUCUGCCAGGAAUAUACUGGAAGGUCAGAAGAUUGCAACUUCUCCAGAUACCAAAAGUUAUCCUUUGAACUGGUAUGGAAUAGAAGUGACUGAGGCCACUCUUGGAAUUAUUGGAAUGGGACGGGUUGGAUACAAAGUUGCUCAAAGAGCCAAAGGAUUCGAUAUUAAAAUCCUGUAUCACAACAGGAAGAAGAGGACUGAGAAAGAAGGUAAACUGGUCGGGGCCCGUUACUGUGCAAAGAUUGAUGAUCUCCUCCACGAGUCAGACUUUGUGAUGUUGGUAGUAAAUCUGACUCCUCAAACCUGCAAACUGAUUGGGGAAAGAGAGCUUAGUCUAAUGAAACCCACCGCCACUCUUAUUAAUAUCUCCCGAGGUGGAGCAGUUGAUCAGGAUGCUUUGGUGAAAGUGCUUCAGAAUGGGGUCAUUCGUGCAGCAGCUUUGGACGUUACUGAUCCAGAGCCACUUCCAAUGGAUCAUCCUUUGCUGCAUUUACCAAAUGUCACUCUGACUCCCCAUUUUGGAACUGCUAUUGAUAAAGCCAAUAAUAAAAUGCUGGAGAGAAUGAUUGAAAAUGCUUUGGCUGCUGUUCGUGUGCUUCCAGUUCCUGAUGAAGUGCUGCCAUCAUAA